AUGGCUGUGGAAAAGCCCGAAAAACCGAAGCCCAGCGUGAUUGUUCCAAAGAAAUCUCGACUAGAAAUGAAUGUGAGACUGCUGUUGAACAAAUGCGAGCUGAUGGCCAAACAGGAACCUAUUGACGACAAUUGUAGGCUUACGCAGUACGUGGAGUCUUUGAACGAAAUGAUAGCAGAACUCAAAACUAGUAAAGAUAAGCCAGCAAAAGAACAGCUAGCUGAAUAUGUAAAAAGAGCAUCUUUCUUGAAAGGUGUUGUACAAACAGCUUCGUUAAAUACUCCCAGUGAAAAGUUGGAAGCAGUUCAGUUGCUGUCACAUGGAGCAGCCACCAUGUCUGCUGAUGCAUCAGCUCAAGAGAUACACCAGAAGACUAGGGUUAAAUAUGGAGUUGAGCUCAGAUCUGAAUUAUUUGGACUAGAAGACAGUGAUGACACUCUACGAAAGAGGAAUAUUAUCAAAGCUCCAAACUUUACAAGCAACAGUAGUGGCCAGGAGGACAUAGACUCCUUGCUCAAAUACCACCAGAAUAUGCAGGAGAAGGUUGCGGAGAAUAUGGUGCUGCUCACUAAGAGCUUGAAAGAACAGUCUCAGAUUGCCAGCACAAUUAUUAAAGGGGAUACUGAGGCUUUGAAGAAAUCCUCGGAGCUGACAGAUCGCAACAUCUCCUCAUUGAAGGUGGAAUCAGAUAGAUUGCAGGAGCACAGUAAGAGUGCUUGGAAGUGCUGGCUGUGGAUCAUGCUGGCUAUAGUCAUGGCUAUCUUUAUAAAUAUGGUGCUCUUCAUGAAGGUUAUGAAAAAGAAAGUAGUCACAUAA